AUUCCGCCUCCUCCGGCCUCUCCACCGCGCCCCGCCUCGUCGCCGGCUAAAACCCUAGGGGCUCGCCUCCGCCCGCCGCCGCCAUGUACGCAGAUAGGGUCUCCGGGAGGAAGCGCUCCGUCAUGGACCGCCUCGGAUCGGGCGGGGGUGGUGGUGGUGGUGGCGGAGGCUCUCGCCCGCGGCCUGACUCCGCGAAGAGGUUUCGUCAGGCAGAUGGGACAUGGAGACGUGAGCUUUACAUGGACCCUGUGGGAGUUCAAAGUUCAUCUGGACUUACUUCCAGAAGUACUCAAGCAAACCAGAAACCACAAUUGCAGCAAAGCACUGAGGUUACAAGGAAAUCCUCAGUUCCAGAUCUUCGUGACAAGCUAUCUGGCGUUCAGCACCCUCAGUUGAAUAGUACUGUUCAGAUCCCAAAGUCUGUACCGGAGAUUUCUAAGAGUGCAAAACCUGUUCAAAACAGGGGACCUGUCCAAAAGAGGGAACCUGUCCAAAAGAGGGAACCCCCUGUUACCACCACCCUUCCUGCUACUAAGAAAAUGAACGAACCAUCUGCACCAAAGCAAUCCCAGGAAAAGACUGAUUCCUCGCUUGAGAGAUUGCUGAAGUCUCUUGAUCUAGAGAAGUAUUCUAUAAAUUUUCAGGCUGAAGAGGUUGAUAUGAAGGCUCUGCUUCACAUGAAUGAGGAAGACAUGAAGUCUUUAGGCAUUCCUAUGGGGCCUCGGAAAAAGAUACUGUCAGCAUUGGCUUCCAAAAAGAAGUCAUCAAAAUCAUUACCUCCCAGUUGAAUGAUGCGUCUUUAAACCUAGUUGCUAGAUGACAUGUUGAUUUGGAUGUCUGCACUGCCAGUAUCAAGUUGAGUAACCAACCUCAUUGCCUGUAAAAGAUUCCCAUUGAGAUGAUGUACAAAUAGAAAAGUCUAUGGUCCAGCAAUGCUCUUGUGAGGCAACUAACACAGCUUGUCAAUAUGAGUUAUGUUCAGAUAUUAUGCGGAUAUUUUGGAUGCCAAGUUAUGGUGCAUCGGGAUUAUUCCCGUAUUAACGCGCACUGCUAGGGAGACAAGGAGUAUUAUUUGUAUCAGCUUUGGACGAUUUUCCUGAUUUUGCAUAUGUUUUUCUUAGCUUGUCAUUUAUCUUUUCUCUUUAUUCAUAGUGGUGGUAUGACGAUAAAAUUUGGAAGCUAAUAUUCUCAGAUGGAGCUGUGAGGUUAA